GGGGGAGGGGACAGCACUCUCUCUCCGUCUCUUUUCCAUCCUCUAGACUGAUCGUGAAUGAGAGCGAGAACGCGCCGAGUAUCAAAGACAGCCGGGUGAAGGCAAUUAACCAGGAGGGCAGAGGGGAGAGGAUAGGAGAGAGGGAUUGAGAAAACAGAGGGAGAGGGUUAAUGGAGGAGAAUGGAUGCUCUGUUCUGGAGGGUACUGACCAUAGACAGUAUGCCCUGUAUAUAUCAUAACAGAUAGCAAUAUAAAGAUCCCAGCUGUCAGCUCCAAUACAGCUACAAAGCAGUCUGAUGCUGUAGACAGAGAGAAUGAGAGAGAGAUGGGUAGAGUGAGAGAGCUGGGGAAAGGGGAGGGAGGACCGUGAGGGGAGGGGAGAUUUGAGAGAGAGAAGAGAGAGAGAGGGGAGGAGGCGGACACUCUGUAGCAGCAGGUUUGUGAGCGCAGAAGCUGGAGGAGGAAUCAGAGCGAAAGAAACAGUGUGGCUGCAGUGAGGAAGGAGAGACACCUACAGAGAGAGAAGGACAUAGAGAACGGCCUCACCUUUUUGCUGACCCAUGAAAGAAGCCAUGCCGGUCCUCUCAGCAGGCACAGGCCUGCACGAGACUCUGGCCCUGUUGACGUCCCAGCUGCGUCCUGAUGCCAACCACAAGGAGGACAUGGUCUUCCUCAAAGAUGUCUUCAGUGAGAAGAGCCUGGGAUACCUCAUGAAGAUCCAUGAGAAGCUGAGACAGUACGAGCGCCAGAGUCCUACACCUGUCCUUCACAGCGCCGCCUCUUUGGCUGAGGAUGUGGCAGAGGAGCUGCAGAGUGGACCAAUGAGUGUUGAGGAGAAGGAACUCCUACAGCUGUUGACAUCCCCCCAUCUCAAGGCAGUUUUGUCCGUUCAUGACACGGUUGCUCAGAAGAACUUUGACCCCGUGUUGCCACCGCUGCCUGACGACUUCGAGGACGAGCUGGAGGAGGAGUCAGUGAAGAUCGUCAGACUGGUCAAGAACAAAGAACCACUGGGGGCCACCAUCAGACGGGAUGAGACCACAGGGUCUGUGAUCGUGGCCCGCAUCAUGAGGGGCGGGGCUGCAGACCGGAGUGGACUGGUCCAUGUAGGAGACGAGCUACGGGAAGUCAACGGCAUCUCCAUCAUUCACAAAAGACCUGAUGAGAUCAGUCAGCUUCUGUCCCAGUCUCAGGGCUCCAUCACCCUGAAGAUAAUCCCAGCCAUUAAAGAGGAGGACCAUCUGAAGGAGAGCAAGGUCUACAUGAGGGCCCUGUUUGACUACAUCCCUGCUGAUGACAAGGCCACGCCCUGUCAGGAGGCGGGACUUCCCUUCAAGCGAGGUGACAUCCUGCAGGUGGUAACCCAGGACGACCCCACCUGGUGGCAGGCCAAACGGGUGGGUGACAGCAACCUCCGUGCUGGACUCAUUCCCUCCAAACUCUUCCAGGAGAGACGGCUGGCUUACCGGAUAAAAAUGGGCACACUUCCGAACCCUAAAUCCCCUAAAAAUCAGACCUAUGACCAGGGAUGUGACAAAGAGGACUGUGAUUGUGAGGGCUAUUUCAAUGGACAGUACAUAGUCUCUCCUAAGUGUAAAGCAGUGGCGCCCUCCUGUGGCCAGGUGUUUUCCUGGGAAUUUUAUUCAGCGGGUCUGAGGAGGAGUUUCCGUCUGAGCCGAAAGGACCGGUCAGGAUCCCUCGGAGGAGGGGCAACCCGCGACCCCACCGAUCCAGACUUUGCCACCUACGAGGAGGUGACUCGCUACCAGCACCGGCCCAACGAGAGACCCCGCCUGGUGGUUCUGAUCGGCUCCCUAGGAGCUCGUAUCAAUGAGCUGAAACAGAAGGUGAUAGCAGAGAACCCACAUCGCUAUGCUGUGGCCGUACCGCAUACCACCAGGCCCAAGAAGCCUCAUGAGAAGGAGGGGGUGGAGUACCACUUUGUCACCAAACAGGCGUUUGAUGCGGACGCUCUGAGCAACAAGUUCAUAGAGCAUGGGGAGUACAAGGAGAACCAGUAUGGUACCAGUAUAGAGGCCAUCCGCUCUGUACAGGCCAAGAAUAAGAUGUGCCUAGUGGACGUACAGCCAGAGGCUUUGAAGACGCUGCGGACAUCUGAGUUCAAGCCCUAUGUCAUCUUCGUCAAGCCGCGCGUCCCGGAGAGCAGACGCCGUCGUAGUGCUGCCACCUCACCAGCAGGGGGAGAUCAUGGGCGAGUGACGGAUGAGGACCUGCAGGAAAUGCGUCAGUCAGCCCAGCAGAUGGACCAGCAGUACGGCCACCUGGUCGACCGGGUCCUAAUAAAGGAGGACUCAGCCAGCGCCUGCACAGAACUCAGAGGCAUUCUGGAGCGGCUGGAGCGUGAGACCUUCUGGGUGCCCCUCUGCUGGGUGCGAACCUAACCCCCCUUUCCCUAACCACCACUCUCCAGAGGGGGGAUCACAGCCCCCAGCCCUUCUUCCAGCAGGAACCCUAUCCUACCCCCUCAUCCCUUUCCUAAUCUCCUGGAUCCCUUCCCCUUGGCUCCAUGGGCCAGCUUGUGGGGUGUGGAGGAUACUGCCCCAAAACCUGGCCUGAUACCUGAUGCUGGGCCAGCCACACACUGGCACCAUGGGAGAAGGGCAUGCGGCAAAACCCUUUGGAACAUUUCUGUGUUUGAGAUGUUCAUAGGGAAAGACUGUUGUCCUGGCUGCCCCCCCCCCCCCUCCCCCCCCCCCCCCCUCCCCACACACACACAAACACACACCCCCGCCCCACCCACACACACACACAUGUACAGUACAUGCAAUCCAUUGUUCAAAUUCAGGUUUUUCAGAUAUUUCUUCCGGUUUUUGUUGUAUUAUUUAUGUCACUCAGCCAGUCAAUCAGUCAGCCAGUCAAUCAGUCAGCCAGUCAGACAGACAGACAAACAUACAGGCAUCUUUAUUGUGGCUCCAUGUGGAGUAUCAUCUGUAGCUUUCUUUGGCCUGCAGUGUCGAGUACUUGAGUUUCCCCUUAAUAUAAUAAUACAUGUAUAUGCCAUUUAACACACAUUUUUAUCCAAAGUGACUUCAAGUCAAAAAAUGGAUACAGGAAUCCUGCAGGAAAUCCUACACAAUUCCUUCACAAAGACAACAUGACUGUUCUGUAAGGUUUCCUCACUUAGUGUUUCCUUGCCUAUUUCCGUUGCUCCUUGAUACAAUGCAUUCUGAGUGAGGCCUAGUAGCCAUUCUUAUUAUGUUAUUGAAAUGUUAUCCAAAAUCCAAUCCACCUGCUUCCAUUAUACCUGGAGAAUGAGUAUAAAUACAUACAUAGUAUUAUUAACCAACACACUCUGUAAAUAGUACAGUAGUAUAGAUGUAACGGUACAGAAACAUGGAAUGUGAAAUAGAAUAUUAUUUCAUUAUGCUUUUUUUGAUCAAUUAUUUUAUGACUUGGAUGUGUUUUGAGGAAGUGCACGACAGUUGAAUUAUUUAAUCGCAGAUGUAAAUAUUGCACAUGCAAAUCCUACCGUGCCAACGAACGAGCUCAAAGCACUUCAAUGCAACCUGUUGAACUUCGACCCUAAGUGUCUAAUCCGGUCUAAUCUACAGUAGGUGUGAAUUACUUCAGUUCUGAGACACUGGGUGUGUGGAUGUCAUGUACACACACAAGUGCACUAAAACAUGCUAUGCUCCUUUUUGUGUACACAGGAAUGCCCGUUGUAUAGCUGACAUCAGACACGUUUAAAGAUGCAGGUGCAGUGUGGGUAAUAGGGUUUUGGGGAGGGGGGUGUUCUAUGGUCCAUCUUGACAAUCAGGGUCCUUGUUAAAUUGUUCUGUAUGAGAAUUUAUCUACAGGUGAGGACUCUGGGAUUAGUGGGAUAUGGACUCAUCCAAGUGUGAUUGCGGGUUGGCCUGCUCCAAGUGUGAUUGUGGGUUGGCCUGCUCCAAGUGUGAUUGUGGGUUGGCCUGCUCCAAGUGUGAUUGUGGGUUGGCCUGCUCCAAGUGUGAUUGUGGGUUCAAGCCGUCAUUAUAAAUACACACAGAUGUGACGUGUUUCUUUUACGUUACCUUGGUGUUUACAGAAACAAUGUUAGAAGCCAGUUCAAGGUUACAAGGUAAUACACAAGAAAUAAACAAUGACUCGCGCUAGUCAAACUGUUGUUACUUGACUGAAGCAGUCAGAAAGGUUUUGUGAAACCCCACCUGUUCUCAGUCUGUAUAUUGGCUCUGUCGCUCUGAGCCUCUGGUGAUCUUUGAGUAGAGGCAUCAUAGCUCUGUGCUCUUUCUUUGUGUGUGGGUGUGGGUGGUUUCGUGCGUGUGUGUGUGUAUGUGUGCGUGGACUUCAAGUCUUGUUUCAUUGUGGAGAACUGAUAAACUAUCAACAGAUCCUCCUUUCCACCAAUUCUAAUCCGGUUCUCUUUUUAACAUGCAAUGUGUUCUUAAUCUUUUACUGUGCUAUGUAAACCAAGAAACCCCGAAUGUUGACUUUGUAAUGUGACAUGUAUAAAGUGCCAUAGUAAAACCAGAUGAACCAAG